AUGCGGUGGUGCCUUGCCUUUCUUCUGGUCUGUUUCUUGGCUACGGUCAGUGCUCUUAGUAGCUCCGGCAGCCGCCUGCUUGUCGUUUUGGACGAAUCUACAGAAAAGAGCAGUUUUUCAACACUUUGGUCUGAUUUAGAAGGUCGAGGGUAUGACCUGACCUUCGAAUCCCCCAAGAGUGACAAGCUGUCCCUCUUCGCACAUGGCGAAAGAGCUUACGAUCACCUUCUGAUUCUCCCACCAAAAUCCAAAGGCCUCGGUCCGGCAUUGACUCCAAAGCACAUCAUUGAUUUCCUGGACAAGGACGGUAACGUUAUCCUCGCUCUAACUGGAAAGUCCGCCACCUCCAGCUCCAUCAGCUCCCUCCUUCUCGAAGUUGAUGUGCACCUUUCGAAUGACCGUUCCGCCGUUGUUGUCGACCACUUCAAUUACGAUACCCUGUCGGCCUCCGAGAAACAUAACGUUCUUCUGCUCAAACGGCCCGAUGCUUUGCGUUCUGACGUCAAGGCAUUCUUCGAUGGUGAGGGCGUUGUCGCCUUCCCCAAUGUUGCUCCCCAGACUCUCGGCAGCGACUCUCCCCUCCUCAUGCCAAUCCUGAAAGCCCCCGCGACCGCCUAUGCCUACAACCCUAAGGAAGAGACUCCAGCUCCCGAGGAUAUCGAGGCCACUGGCUCUCAAUUGAAUAUUAUUUCAGCUUUGCAAUCUCGCAACUCUGCUCGCUUCACAGUCCUCGGAUCUGUCGAGUCACUCGAGAACCAAUGGUUCACGGCGUCUGUGAAGGCUCCCAAUGGAAAGAAGGUCUCCACUGCUAACCGCGAGUUCGCCAAGCAGUUGACCGGUUGGACCUUCAAGGAGACUGGUGUCCUGAAGGUUGGCAAGAUUGAACACCAUUUGGCCACCGAUGGCGAAGUGGCUGCUGAGGAUCUGAACCCCAAGAUCUACCGUAUCAAGAAUGAGACUUUCUUCAGCAUUGAGGUCUCGGAGUACGUUUAUGACAAAUGGGUCCCCUUCGAGCUUCCCACUGGCGACGAGCUGCAGCUCGAAUUCACUAUGCUGUCUCCUUUCCAUCGUCUGGCCCUUCAGCCCACAUCCCGCACCGAGACUAGUACUGUGUACAGCACCCAGUUUGUGACGCCGGAUCAGCACGGUAUCUUCUCUUUCCGUGUCAACUACAAGCGGCCUUUCCUCACCAACAUCGAGGAGAAACACGAGGUCACCGUGCGUCACUUUGCGCACGACGAGUAUCCUCGCAGCUGGGCGAUUAGCGGUGGAUGGGUUUGGAUCGCCGGCCUGUGGUCGGUCAUCGGAGGCUUCUUGGCCUUUGUUGUUGUCUGGCUGUACUCGGCACCCAUCGCCGACAAUGCCAAGAAGACACAGUAG